GUGUGCCCCUACCCUGGGACCUGUACCAUCCAGGUUUGGGGGUGGCACAGGGGUUUCCCCAACACAGGCCAGAAGGACACGGGCACCUCUCAUCUCCCAGGAGAAGAUUCAUGGCCUCCUGGAGGCCAGCGACACACCUGCCCCUACUCUGUCCCACAACCCCUUGGGAUAUGCUACCUUCACUCAGGUAACACUCAACUCUUUUCACUCCUGUGGGUUUGGGGGCAGAUAAAGGCGACCGCUGGGCAUGGGGAGGGCACCCUCCCCUGAAUGAGAAACUAAGGCAUUAGGGACUGAGCAGAGCACAAGAAGGGCUGGACCUGGACUGGUCCCCAGGAACAGAAUGUCUGUGGGCGUGCUCAGUGGCUAUCGAAGGAGAGAACUCAGCCCUCCUGCCCCGGAAGCAGCAAUGUGUAAGAGAGGAGUGUGCAGGGCACCCAGGAAGGCAGCAGAGGUGGUGGAGUUCCGGAGAGACAGGGCAGACAGGCAGAUAAGGCUCUGGGCUCUCUCCCCUCUGGGGCCCCAGCCAGAGAAAUAGCAGGCCGGUUGCAUAAUCCUUCUAUUUGCCCAGAGCUACAUUUUGUCCUGAAACACUCCACCCUGGGAGGUGAUUGAAGAAGGAUCCAGCAAGGACCAGGCAGGGAAGGGAAUCAGCAGAGGAGCAAGACGUGUGCUGGAUCCCUCGGCCUUCCGCUGCCACCCAAGAGGAUGGAGGCCCACAAUGCAUCCGCCCCACUCAACUUCACCCUGCCACCCAACUUCGGCAAGCGCCCCACCGACCUGGCGCUGAGCGUCAUCCUUGUGCUCAUGCUGUUCAUCGUCAUGUUCUCGCUGGGCUGCACCAUGGAGUUCAGCAAGAUCAAGGCUCACUUCUGGAAGCCUAAGGGGCUGGCCAUCGCCCUGGUGGCACAGUAUGGCAUCAUGCCCCUCACUGCCUUUGCACUGGGCAAGGUCUUCCGGCUGAACAACGUUGAGGCGUUGGCCAUCCUGGUUUGUGGCUGCUCACCGGGGGGGAACCUGUCCAACAUCUUCAGUCUGGCCAUAAAGGGGGACAUGAACCUCAGCAUCGUGAUGACCACCUGCUCCACCUUCUUUGCCCUGGGCAUGAUGCCCCUCCUCCUGUAUGUCUACUCCAGGGGGAUCUAUGAAGGAGACCUGAAGGACAAGGUACCUUAUGGAGGCAUUGUCAUAUCACUGAUCCUGGUUCUCAUUCCUUGCACCAUAGGGAUCUUCCUCAAUGCCAAACGGCCACACUAUGCACGCUAUAUCGUCAAGGGAGGGAUGAUCACCAUGCUUCUGUUAAGCGUGGCCAUCACAGCACUCUCGGCCAUCAAUGUGGGCAAGAGCAUCUUGUUUGUCAUGAUGCCCCACUUGCUGGCCAUCUCCUCCCUGAUGCCUUUCAUCGGGUUCCUGCUGGGCUACAUGCUCUCUGCUCUCUUCUGCCUCAAUGGACGGUGCAGACGCACUGUCAGCAUGGAGACCGGAUGCCAGAACGUUCAGCUCUGCUCCACAAUCCUCAACGUGACCUUCCCCCUUGACGUCAUCGGACCCCUUUUCUUCUUUCCUCUCCUCUACAUGAUUUUUCAGCUUGGAGAAGGGCUUCUCCUCAUCGCCAUCUUUUGGUGCUAUGAGAAAAUCAAGCCUUCCAAGAAUAAAACAAAAAUGAUCUACACAGCUGCCGCAACUAAAGAAAUCAUUCCAGCAGCUCUGGGAAAUGGCACCCACAUACAGGAGGAACGCUCCCCUUGCCCAGCCUAGCCUUCGUCCAGUGGCCUGGAUUCUGGUCAGAAGGCAAUUCAGAAGGGAUGUGUGGGAACUUCAGAGAGCAGAGGAAACACCAGUAGUUAUCUGAGUCUUUCCCCAGCAUUUCCAGCCGGAACUAUCAGAAUCCUCAAGCCUUGCCUGGAAGACAAAGAGAGUCUACCCAAAAUGCCUCACCUAUCCCAAGCUUCGAAUUUUGAUACUUGUUUAAAAAAAACAAAAGGACACACAUGUUCAUUGACAGCCCUAUGAAAGCAAAAACCAAAACUAUCUUUGUGCCCCUGCAUCUCUAGAACAGUUCCUGACAAGUAUAUAGAAGGCAAUUUCUGAAUUAGUCAAUAAAUAGGUUUUUUUAACCUAAAAUCAAUUACCCAAAUAUUGUUCCAAGUUUUGUGACACAAAAAGGAAAUAAAUGCUCAGAGCGCUGUAGGA